GUUCACUGUGUUCCUGCCGUUAACCAAAAAAAAAUAACGAAACCACUUUCCUUAGCAACAAAGGAAUUUUGACAACCAGAAUCCACAGCAUAAAAGGACGUAAACUUGAAUGAUUAGUAUUCAAACCCAUUAUCACAAAAGUUAAAGGCAUUUAUUUUGAAGUACAAAUUGUGAAAUCAAGUAAAAAGCAUUUGAUGGGUGAAUAUGCCAUAUUUGAAACCAGAUCAGAAAAGAAGGUUAGGAAUCCUUUUUAUUUUUGUUUGGACAUCUGAAAUUUCAUUAAAUACAAAGAAGGAUACAUUGUCAAAUAUAUAUUGCCAACAGAAAAAAAAAAUCUCAGAAAAAUCUUUGAAAUCAAAACUGGUGAAAAACGAAAAUUUUCUACAGACUGAAAUUUCAGAUGAUAUUUCAAGCAAAAAGUGUUAUUUAAUCCAAAAUAGAAAAUAAUUUAAGAACGAAUCAAAACCGGGACUUGUAACUAAUAUCAAACAACCAUUAUACUGUCACUUAUCUUUUUCAUGUUGUUUUGUUCAGAAAUGAACAUGCGAAAUAAAUAAAACUAUUAGCACCAUAUUAAACUGGCUUAUAACCAAAUCAUAUGAUUAGGCUAGGCAGUUUGUAGAUGGUGAAAACAGAGAAUGUCACUAAACAUGUUCACUGGGAUAGUUUAGGAAGGUCUCUUCGAAACCCGUAGUGGGCGAUUCUCGAGUCAAGAUUGUUGGAAUGACAAGGAUAUAGUUAGACAAAAGCAAAGGACAAAUGUACAAUGAUGUAGGGAAACCAAUGAAGAAAGAUACUUAACUUCUUAGCGGUUUUCGUGUACCGAACUCUUUUGUACAAUCAUUCUCUGAUUCUUCCAAUAACAGCCUUAAUCUUACUUAUAUUUCCAAAUCAAUGUUUUUUAUAAGUGAAUUUAAAUUCUCCAGGGACCCCAUUGUGCGCUUUACACUUUAAAGCUCCCCUCCAAAUCCCAAGAACUGAUGAUAUAUAACAAGACUAUAUCUACAGGAAGGAACACACAUGAAAGCAGAAGGGAUACAAUCCCAUUGUCAUUAUCUCUAACCCUCUUCUUUUUUUUUGAAGAAGAAGAAAAGAAAGAUACUCUGAUUCUUCUUGUCUCCCUAAGAACAGAAAUGCUAGGUUACAGUACAAGAAUGAUGCUUUGUCUUCUUGUCUGCAUAGGAUUACUAUCAGACAACAGAUAUAAGGUCUCAGCCCUGAGAAAUAGAGAGUUUUUCCUCAGGCAAAUACAAGGAGAAGAAGCUAGAGUUGAGCCAGGUGAAACUGUUAAGCUAAGGAGCAUUGAUAUUCAUUCUAGCCACAACCGUGAAGGUCAAGGAACGCUCAUCGGACACCGGCGCAUUCUUGAGGAAGUUAACCAGAGCAAAGUUAAAGUUGAGAAGACACAAGCACAAAAGGAUCAGACAAAGGACUCGUUCCAGUCAAGCAAGAGACGUGUAAGACGAGGAUCAGAUCCUAUUCACAACAAAUCCCAGCCACUUUCUUGAGUGGCAAUGUGGCACAACAACAAUCAAAUAUAGAAAAGAAAGGCGCAACGAUCAAAACCUUAUCAAGCUGGAGGUAGGUUAGUUGUUUUUUUCUUAGGUUUUGUUUUCAAGUAUAGGUUUGAUAAACACACAGAACAUUGGCUGUUGAAGGACAGCACCGUCUGUUCAGACACAGCAGUCACCAGGAGAAUACAUAUUUGUUUUUCAAUACAUUUUUUUGACUAAAAGUGUUCACUCUUUUGUUUGCAUUAGUUCUAAGUUUCUGGAUAAGUUUUGUUCUUUUCUGCAUUGCUUUGGCUCCACCAAAAAUAUAUCUUGUGUAUAUACAAUAGCUCAGAGGUUUUGAUUGUUUACAACAUUUUGAGCUUAAAAGGUAACCAGUUAUAUCUU